CUAUUAACUUUAAUUCUGUUUUCUUUUCAGCAUGAAAUGAUACAUGCCUAUUUAUUUGUGACUGAAAACAAUAAGGAUCGCAGUGGGCAUGGACCGGAAUUUUUGUCACAUAUGCACAGAAUAAAUAAGGAGACAGGAGCAAGAAUUACUGUUUUUCACAAUUUUCACGAUGAAGUCGAAGUGUACAGAACACAUUGGUGGAAGUGUGAUGGACCAUGUCAGAACAAACAUCCUUUCUUUGGAAUUGUCAAGAGGGCGAUGAAUCGAGCCCCAGGACCUAAUGAUAACUGGUGGGCUCAACAUCAAGCUACUUGUGGUGGCAAAUUUAUAAAGAUAAAAGAACCAGAGGGCUAUGGUAAAAAGAGAGUUCCCAAGCGAAAAAUACCUUUUGAUGAAACAAAGAGCAAAACUUCUGGAAAAGAUAUAAGAAGUUUUUUUGGAAAUGAGAAUCUGGAGUCUGAUAAGAAUGUAAGAAAAGAUCCAAAUGGUAUUAGUGAGAAGAUAAUGAAUGUAUCAAAUAUUAAUGCAAUAAAGUCUAUCUUUGCUGCUGAAGAUAACAUUGUGGGUAUCAAUAGACAGCCAACAAAAUCAUCAUCUUCUUCUCUCUCAAAGAAGAAAAAUACCAUUAUUCCAUUUUCAGGAUCUGGUCACAAAUUGGGUUCAUCUGGAAAUGCACCCAAAUCUCUUCCCUUCUUGAUACGUAAAGCUUCUCUUUCAAAUUCAGAUGUUCAAACUGCAGGCUCUUCCCAGAAUAAUUAUAAUGCACCAUGCCUUGGCGCUUCAGAAACUUCUAACAGUACAAAAGUUCAAGAAAAUAAAGAGUAUCCAACACAUACAAAGAUUUUAAAAGUAUCUUCAAUCCUCGAUGAAAAGAAAAAGCUUCUUCAGAGUCCUAUGCGGAAUUUUUUAAAUGAUUUUCCAAAAGACUUAGCAGUUGGAACUAGUUCUGGAAAAAAGCAGAAUAAUCAGAACUCUGAAGAACUAUCAAGUGAUAACAAUGAUUUUAAAGUAAAUUGUCCUGUGUGUUCAAUGAUGAUUUGGAACAAAGAAAUCAAUAAUCAUUUAGAUAAUUGCAUAAUUAAAGACUAAAUUUUAGGUACUCAUAUUAAAUGCUUAUUUUAUAUGUAAUUUAAUAUUAUGUAAUAUUUGUAAUUUAUUAUAUCAAAGGUUUUUUUAAUGCAUUUGAAUAUAGAUUUUAUUAAAUUUAUUCAUCAUAAAAUAUAUUUUAUUAAUGUAUCAUGUUUUUUAAAGAUGUACGUAUUCAUAUUAAAUCCUUGUUUUA